CGGCGGCAAGGGCGUGCGCUCGGGGGCGGCAGCCGCGGCGAGGGCGGGCGGCGGCGAGGGCGUGCGCGCGGCAACGGCGUGCGGGCGACGGCGGCGGCUGCUGCUGCUGCUCCCGUGGCCGCUGGCUUCCACGCCGAGGCAUCGUCGUCAGCCCCCGCCUCCGCCUGCCCCCACCAUCGCUUUUGCUGCUACUGCUCCCGUGGCCGGCGACGACCCCAUCCUGCUCGACGUCGACGUCGGCGCCUACGGCGCCCUCCUCCCCGUCCCUUGUUCCAGGUCCUCCCCUGCACGAUAUUGCUGGAUGCAGAGGGUAUACAUGUCCCUAAAAAGUGAAGAUAAAACAGCAAUUGGGUUUGAAAGUGGGGGCGUAGAUGCAAUUGCCCCAAAAUUGUAACCAAAUCUUGAUGAAGGGAAGGGAAGGAGAAGGCGAGGUCAGAGAAUCCUAAACGUUCGCUGGUUCUUGGACGGUCAGUUUCACCCAAGUGCUUAACCUGCAGUCGAUGCACUCCUGAUCCAGGUCACACAUUCUAUCCGGUAUCCCGUCGACGACCGCCACACUUUGAGCCAGUGGUAGUUACGGCCGAGAAGCGCGCGGCCCUCCCCCUUUCUUCCCCGUUCGCCGAGACUCGUCGACGCUUCCCCGCCUCCUCCUCCCACCGAAGCGCGCGCCGCCUCGGCCAGAAAAGCUGGAGAUGCCACUGGCUUGCUGAUUGCAACUGUCAGUGUGGUGAUUGGACUACAUCAGUUGUGGGAAUUGAACUGGUCAAAUCUCAUACCAAUACAAUGCAAGGCAUUUUUGCAUGUGGUUCAAUUUCCUCGCCCCAUGGAUCAUGUUUUAGACCAGCUUGUCUUGCAGUGGAUGAUCUGAGGUUGUUUUACAAAAUAAAUUCAAUAACAUGUGGAGCGUACUCAUGGCGUUGGUGUGUGAAAAAACUACAUAUGAGGACCAAUAGAAGGCAAAUGGGUACUACAGUGAGAACUAACGCUAAAUGGCUAUUUGGAGGAGAUGACCGUAGCAGUAGUAAUGCAAGGCUGGAACGCAGUGAGUCUGCUAACGAAGACAUCUUAAUCUUCUACUUCCAAUUGGACCUACAAACCCGAAUACAGUAUGCAUUGAAUAUAGAGCAAUUUGAUGUGGCAAAACAAUUGAGGGAAAAACUCACAGAGAUUGAAACAGAGAUAAUUAGGCAACGUGAAGCUAAAAGAGGCUCAUCAAAGACUGAAGCUCAGGACAAAGCUAUAAACCUUUUACGCGUGCGUGCGGAUUUGCAAAAGGCUGUUGACAGUGAAAAUUAUGCUUUGGCAGCUGCACUGCGUGAUGAAAUUGCUAAACUUGAGACAGAGUCUCUGGCAGUCUCCGCUAAGGCCCUUGCAUAUCAAAAUGUGGAAUAUGCAUUUCGACUAGGGCAGAAAGUACGUCAUAAGGUACACGGAUAUAGAGCUGUGAUUUGUGGCAUGGAUCCUGUGUGCUGUGAAUCCAAGUCAUGGAUGGAGACAGCAAAUGUGGAAAACUUGUCCAAAGGACCGAAUCAACCUUUUUAUCAAGUCCUUGUUGAUGUAUAUGCUGAUCCAGAACUCCUUGUUGCAUAUGAAGAAGUUGCAGAAGAAAAUCUUGCAGAAGCUGAAAUAUCAGAGAAAGGAAGAUUUGAUCACCCCUAUAUUGAAUUUCUGUUUUUUGGCGAGGACACUGCUGGGGACUUCAUUCCUAUCAAGCAGCUUCGUGAGAAGUAUGAUCAGCCACGUUAUGAAGCUUCUGGGGAUGAAGAUGACGAUGAUGGCAGCACGGAUAGCUGAAAGGUAGGCAGCAAGAGUUGUUUUGAUGCCAUUUCCGAUGCCUUACCACCGACUGAAUUCCGAAAUGAUGAAGGAGCUUGUUACUAUCUGAUGUAACCACAGCGGGCUAAUGUCAGUGAAGACUGGUGACUGGGCUAACCCGGAACCUGAACAAUCCACAGCAAUCUGCAAUGAGGCAAUCUGCAUUUGAUAUACUGAUAUCUGACCUUGCAGAUUCACGAUUGAGGGUGACACCCAUAUAUAGUGGCCAAUCCAUGAAGCCCUUUACGUAUACGGUUCUAAAGAAGAUCCUUAUGGAUUUGCAAUCUGUACUUCCCCUAGUUCUUCUGUAACUGUGUUCCCUCUGAUGGGAAUUUUGUAGAUAAGCUGCAUUCGUCAAACCUGCAACUCUGCAGCUGGAGAGGAAGCAAAGGGUUGACGUACAUCUAUUGGAAAAUUGGAAUUUACUUCCGUGGAAAACUGGAAACCACAGAAUUUUCUACGCUCAGGGAAAAUAAGAAGGGAAGACCCCAAAAAAAAAAAA